UUUUACUUAAAAACAGAGGCACUAAAUGGCCAUUACAAUUAGUUGCUGCCUCAACAAUCCUCCUCCUCCAGGCUUCCCUUCCUCCGCCACUAAGAACACUACUCAACAACUUGCUUCGUUGAAGAAUGAUCAGAAAUGGAGAAAUCAAUGUGUAUUAGGCAUGGCCUGUAUGAUCAUCGGACUUGAAAUCAACGAGCCAAAUCUUGCUCCGGCCGUACAGAGUUUGUCGACUUUAGAAAUGAAGGCGCCGCCGAAGACUCGGAGAUGGAGCGACAGAAGAACGUGUCCGCCGUGGCGGCUGAAUUCGCUCGAGACUAUUGUGCCGGAGAAUCUUCCACGGCCGUCCGCUCGACGGCGAUGGGAGGCUACUGGCUAUUCUAAGAUGAAUGAUCUAUCGCCGGACGUUGAAGAUGCGGUUAAACGAAUUGUGAUCGUCGACGGUUGCUUUACGUUAACAGAGAUGAUUGUAGCAGUACAAGACGUAGAUUGUUGAAGUACACAAUGGGUUCGAAAAGCCCAUAGAGUAGUACGAUUUGGCGAAGUUAGUACAACUGGCCUUUGGUUCAAAGCCCACGAUGACCCACAAUGUAAACGAACCGAACUACUCAUCUUUGAAUUUUAAAGCCCAUGACUAAUAACCGGGACUGUAAACAAACUGAGCUGCUCUUCAGUAAGAGUUCGGUUCGUGUUCGUUCGUAUCAUAACGAACCAAACUUGAUUUUGAUUUUAUGUUUAUUUAUAUAAACUAGCUUAUAUGAGCAUAAUAGUGUUCCGCUCGUUUACGUUCACGAACAACUCGGUUAAUUGUUCAUGAACGAAUUCAACAAGCUCAUAUAGGAUCUCGAUAAAAAGUUCACGAACUGGUUUGUAUAAAAAUUCGAUAAAACGCUCAUGAACUAGCUAGUUGUAUUUAAAUUAGAUAUACUUUAUUUUUC